AUGGAAAUGAAUGACUCACCCCAGACUCUGAAGGAUGGUGGCGGAAAGAUGAAGUCAAAGGUUGUUGAGAGUGGAAGAACCUCCAGCAAACAGGAGGAAGAUGCUGUUUCUGAAGACCCCAAGCUCCCCACAGUCCCUCUGACACUGUCUUCACUUCCAAAGAUCAAUUUGCCUCUUACUGUCCCUGCAGCAGGGACCCCAGCCAGUAGCAGUGGCAUGGCUUCAGGCUUCAGAUUCUCCAUCCCAGAGGUGGUGGACACACAGGCAGCUGCCUCUGAGACCACAGCCAAUGCCCUUACCUUCACCUUUAGUAGUCCGGCGUUAGUUAACGAAGAGAGCAAAGCCACUAACCAGUCUUCUAGUUCUUCUCAUUGUAAUCUAUCCUCAGUAAUGAUGUUUAAUAGCAGCAGCCCCAGCUUUGCCCCUAAACUUAAGGCUACUGCUAAGAAGGAGGUCAUGCCCAAGGCACCUAAGCUACAGGCUGGAAGUAUCCUGGACAUUCUGAAGCCAAAGGGAGGUACUCCAGAGAAGCAUGUUGCUGGGAAUGCCUCUCCUUCACUGCAAAAUAGGGUUGAAGAGAAGUUUAAUGCAUUUGGUAGUCCUAAAGUUCCCAGUGAAAGUAUCAAGCCGGUGAUAGAACAGACUGUUAAUAAUGUUGUUGAGAAAACUAGUGUUUCACUAGGGUUUGAGGGCUUUGGUGGGGCCUUCAAGAAGUCAAGUGAUGAAUGGGAGUGCAGUGUUUGUAUGAUCAGGAACAAAAACUCGGCCGAAAAAUGCGUGGCGUGUGAGACUGCAAAGCCAGGGAAAGCAUCAUCCCAUGGUAUCCAAACUAAUACAUCUGUCUUUAGUAAUACAGAUCCUACCCCAACCAUUACGGGUAAUGGAACAGACUGGGGCUCAGCCUUCAAGAAGUCUAGCAAUGAAUGGGAUUGUGAUAUGUGCAUGUUACGAAACAAAGACUCAGUGGACAAGUGUGUUGCAUGUGAAACCCUUAGGCCGGGGAGCAAAGCGAAACAGGCCCCAUUAGCUGAGUCAAAGCCAGUUGAUGGAAAGGAGGAGAAGGUGAAUUUUGGGUUUGGCUCAGCCUUUGCCAAGGCCAAGGGGGAGUGGGAGUGCGAUACAUGUUUAGUUCGCAACAAAAGUGAAGCUACGAAGUGCAUAUCGUGUGAGACUCCUAAGCCUGGUGCUGCUAAUAUUUCUCAAGCCAUAACAGGAAACUUUAAGUUUGGUGUAAAUACAAAUGACUCUUCUUCCACAAGUAGUAGUUUUAAGUUUGGUUUAGACAACUCACAGACUGAAGUAAAAUCUAAUAGUGGUUUUGCAUUUGGGGUUAGUGCCAAAAGUGCUGAAGACAGUAAUAGUAAAGAAAGCUCUGGAUUUAAGUUUGGAAUAGCAUCAGAGAAGCCUAGCUUAGGGACGGACUCUAGUAGUGAGAAGGACAAGUUGAAGGAGAAAAGUGGAAGUGCCUCUAGUGGUAUCAGUUUUGGCUUAAAGUCGGAUGAAUCCAAGGGCAAGCAGUUCCCUGUUCCAUCGAUGAACUUCACCUUUUCAGCUCCUAAUACGCCUGCUAGUAGUACAGAAACUGUAAAUACCAAACCUAGUUUCACAUUCAGUUCUGGGAGUGAAACUGUGGCAUCCUUCAGCUUUGGAGACACAGAAACAAAAGCUAAACAAGCCACGGGGGAAGGACAAACUAAAACCUCAACAGAGAUAAAGCCAGCAUCAGAGAUUAAGAGUGGUAGCGUCUUGGACGUGUUGAAGGGGAAAGACACGAAGGCAAGUGAGGUGUUCAACUUUGGCGCCAAGCUUGAGAAGGUUGAUGGAGGCGUGCCAAAACCCUCAUUUGCCUUCAACAAUGCUGUGCCAGCCUCCACAAAAGCAGGUGAUUCAAAGACUGCAGACCCAGCUGUGCCAAGUGGCACUUUUACUUUUGGUGCUAAUGGAAAAGAAAGCAGUGCAGGAUCCACUACUGCCAUUGCUACGGCUGCACCUCUCUUCACCUUUGGUGAUAAAGGGUCAGGCGCUAGUACUGCACCUUCCUUUGCUUUCAAUACUGCCCCUGCUAAGGAGGAGUCCAAGACCACGCCAGCCUUCUUUAGUGGAAAGAGAGAGAACUCAGACUCUAGUGAGCCUGCAAAGAAGAGUGUCUUUGGAGGGUCCGCCACCAGCAUCAACAAUGGGGUAGGUGCAACACCCUCUUUGUUUACCUUUGGUAGCAAGGAGAAUAAACUGGCCUCUGGCCCAGGAUUUUCAACACCAUCAGCUACCCCAGCAUUUGGGGCCCCAACUCCAGCAUCCAAUGCUACUCCCAACUUCCAAUUUGGGAACAGCAACCCUCCUGCCCCAGCUGCUACAGCACCCCCAGCCUUUGGAAACCCUGCUCCUGCUUUUGGCAGUCCAGCCCCAGCAUUUGGCAGCAACAACAACAACUCGACCCCAAGCUUCACCUUCGGCCAGCCACCUGAGAAGAAGCCAAGCACGGGAUUUGAUUUCGGGCAGACACCUUCCAGUGCCCCAAGCCAAGGAUUCAACUUUGCAGCUUCAACUGGGACGCCUGGUGUAUUCCAGUUUGGACAGAGUCAAGCAAAUAGCAGCCCUGCAAGUGGAUUGUUCCAGUUUGGUUCAGGAAACACUCCUGUCCAACCAGCCCCCUCUUUUGGUGGCGGCGGUGACAAUCCCUUCAGUGCCCCAGCUCCCCCUAGCGGCCGCGUCAUGAAGAAGGCCGUGAGACGUACCCGCAAGCCGUGAUGAGGGCACAGCAGCAGAAGGGAUUUCUUACCAAACGUGUCUUUAAAUUAUUUGUUCCAUGCAUUUUAUUUUUAAUGGAUUCUGGGUCUAUUCCUCUGUUUCUGUUUUCAUUAUUUAUAAAAUGAAGGUCUUUAAUAAAAAGAAUUUAUAUAUAUAUACACAUGCUGUCGCUUAGGCUAAAGAGAAAGAGGUGCUUUAACAAUGAGCGUUUUAUCAUUCUUUCAUGCCUCCCUCCCUCCCUUUCCUUCCCUCAUUUUGUCCUCUCAUAUUUUAACCUUUUUCUUUUGGCCUUUUUCUAGAAAUGUGCCCCUUUUUCCAACUUCAUUUUCCAUGGUCAUUCAGUUAGGAUACUGGUCAAACUAAGUGCUUGAUGUAGGAAUGCCUGAUGUAUUAUUUGCUUUUACAUUUGUUCCUUAUUGUGAUACAAGAAGAAGAACUGCAAAGAUAUCUUGAUAUAUUGCUUAGAGAUUCUGCUUUUUUUUUUUUUUUUUUUUCUUUCUUUCUUUCUUUCUUUCUUUUUCUUUCUUUCUUUUUUCUCUUAUUUAACUUGUGUUGUUGUUUUUUAUAUAAAAUGUUAGCAAAAACUUUCUUAGUCCUAAUAAUAAAUAUAUAAAUAAAAAAUGUAUACCCAGUCAGUCAGACCUGAUUUUAAAUAACAAGAACAAAAGUUUCAAAACCAAUGUGGAGGGAAUAAUUAUUCUAUGAUUGAUUGCUUUUUUUUUUUUUUUUUUUUUUUUUUAUUAUUAUUAUUUAUUUACUGUGGUCACUUUUACACCAGUGACUGCUUGCAAUGAAAGAGUGGGUAUCUCAUGGUUGGUACAAUUUGGGAUUUCAAAUAGUUUUGUAGGAGCUCCAUAGAUACAUACAUUAACAUCACGUUGGGAUCUGUGUCAGAGAAUAAGCUACAAGUGUAUAUAGACCCGAUAUCCACCCUGGAGUGUAAUCUACUAUCAUGCAUCUCAUCUUGUGUGUCUAACUAGAAGUGGGUCUCUUAAAAGCUGUGAAACAACUUCUAUGUUAUACCUUUCAGCAGCAGGGAAGAGUGUCUAGUAAUAAAAAAAAUAAAAUAAAAAAAAAAGUAAAAAAAAAAAAAUGUGGCAUUGUGUGAGGACUUUAGGUGUUAAACAUACCCCCCUCCCACACACUUGUGUAUGUAAAAACCUGUCAAUUUGGAUUCCAACAGUUUCCUCCCCCCUGGGACGUUGCAGCUAAAUUUCACCUGCCUAUGAAGGGCAGGUAAGGACGACACUUUCGUUUAUUUUUUUACGCUGAAAGUUUAAAAAGUGGGAAAAAGCACAAAUUGGAAUUAUAGGACAUUAAUGCAACAUAAGGGUACCAUGGGAUGGAAAAUUGCUUAUGUUAGUAUGUUUCCUUUUGCACAGGAAUGAUUAUUUUGUUAAUUGCUUCAAUAUUCACAAGAGACAUGAAAGCCAAACAUUUGGACUCCUGGCUCUUUCAGUAUGAAAAAAUAUAUAUAUAAAUAUAUCUAAGUGCUAUGAACAUUCUGUGUAAAUACAGAAGGCUUAUCAGGCCUAUCUGGUAACAUUGUUUCUGUUUCUUGUUAGGGAGAACCUUGUUGAAUAUUUUAUAUGCUGUGUCCAUAUUUGCUGGACGUGUUACUGUUCUCAUUAGGAAUGUUCAUGGUUCUCAUGUCGCACAGGUUUAUUCCAACGUCUUGCUCUCAAAGGCUGUACAUUUUUUAAUAAAUAAAUAGUGCAGAUAAAACUAGCAUUUUAUGUUAUGGUGUUUGCUCUUGUGGGUGAUAUAGAGGCUCUGUCACAGUAGCCUGAAAUACUUUUAUGUUUUAUAUAAUAGAGGUUACAGCCAGCAGUAUCACCUGUGGGCGGAGACUGCCCCCUCAUAUCACCUAGCAACAGCAUUCACCACCUGUAGUGUUGUUGCUCAUGCCAGACGCAAGGCCUCUGCAAGAUGCGGCAAGUGUGCGCUUAUAUGAAUAAGUGAUGUAAAUAGAAUACCCAGGCAGGCUCACUCCUUAAAACUGUACAUGAACACUUCAUCAGUGUAGAAUACUUGACGGACAUGCUGCGUGUGAUUUUUGGAGGGUGUAGGCGUGACUUUGUUCCGUGUGGCUGGUUGUGAGAUGCGGAAUCUACCGCCCCUUGUCUUGUCCUGUCUGUUGGAUCCUUGAGAAGUAUAUAAUUGUAAUUAGCUCUAUGAUUAAUAUUAUUUUAUAUUGAUGUGACUUUGACAUGUACAAAGCCGUGAAGUGUGAGUGUGUGAAGGAAGGAGUUAGACUGCUCAGUGUAUGUGUCCUCGGUUUUGCAUUACUAAGUGUGAGCGUGAAAUGUUCAAUAAAAGAGCAUUCUAUACUGCAA